UCGCCUAGAACGCCAGCUCCUACUCACUUUGAGAUUGCGAAAUAUACGUAUAGGUGUGUACGCACAUUACGUACAUAUAUUUACAUGCGCGGACGACGAAGGACGCACAGGAAAAUAAACGCGCGCAAGAUACGAUAAACUCAUCGCGCCAGGCUGCAUAUUACUUUGAUUUAUUUAGUUCGAUUUUCGACUCCCGGCAAGAUUGAUACAGCUAUACGAGCGCUCGCGACUGGCGGAGUCUUUAAGCGGCACCAGUGUACUUUGUAUCAUUCUCUGUUUCAUCCCGCGACGUUAUGCACUACCUACUGCGCCAGUAGCUAAACCACCGAUUGUCGACUCUAUCGUUUAUAUUGCCCGCGCGCUCAGUGAGCAACGAGACAUUUUCUACUAUUCGCCGAUACAUCGCGUAAGGAUAUUGUUUUGUGAUCUUCGUGAGUUAUUUGACAACUUUGUGGACGCCAGUUGGAAACAAUAUUUGAUACUACGAGUAUUAUGCCACCUGUCGACUGUCGUUAGCCGCGAGGACAAAUAGUGAAGAAGCUGCAGAUGUGAUUUUAUCAACACAGCGUUCACUUCGAUCUACCAAGCGACAAUUAUAAUUAUCAGAAGACACGUGCGACGAGAUGUCAGCUAUUAUGCCGGAGCUAGUUGUUCGUCGUCCGGUGUAUCAGCAAGAUGAUUUACAUCGAUUAAGCCAGUACACGAACCCGCAAAAACCACUUGGGAGAACGAUAAAAAACUCAAUAAAAAACAUCGAGCCAAAAUCAUGCAUACGGCGCCUAAUACCCGUGAUCGGCUGGUUACCACGUUACCAUUUCAAGCGAGAUCUCUUUGGAGAUCUUAUCGCUGGAAUCACAGUGGCGGUUAUGCACAUCCCCCAAGGAAUGGCCUACGCGAUUCUCGGUAACGUACCGCCCAUUACUGGUAUUUACAUGGCGUUUUUCCCGGUACUCGUCUACUUCAUAUUUGGAACGUCGAGGCAUAAUUCAAUGGGAACGUUCGCCGUCAUCUGCAUGAUGACGGGUAAAAUCGUACUGACGCAUAGCUCGAGCCCGGUCGCCGGAGUUGACAAUUCGACGGAUUCGCAAAUUCAUGCGAAUCUCGAUGCGCCGCCAGGGCAUUACUCGCCGGUCGAGGUCGCCAGUGCGGUUUGCUUCAUGGUGGCGUUGAUACAGCUGGCUAUGUACUUCCUGCGCCUGGGCGUCAUAUCCUCCCUAUUGUCGGAGACGCUAGUCAGCGGCUUUACCACCGCCGCAGCAGUCCACGUGCUCACGUCCCAGAUAAAGGACCUCUUCGGCCUCAAGCUCGACAAGCGAAAGGGAAUCUUCAAAGUUCUGCUCACUUACUAUGAUAUAAUUAAGAAUAUAGACAAUGUAAAUAUUGUAGCGAUGGUUAUUUCCGCUGUGACCAUAAUCGUCAUCGUUUUUAACAAUGAAAUAUUGAAGCCUCGACUAGCCAAACGCUGUUCAUUUCCCAUUCCGAUAGAGAUGAUUGUAGUAGUUCUAGGUACAGUGAUAUCGAUUUAUGCGAAUCUUGAGGAUGUGUAUGGCAUCAUCACUGUUGGCCACAUUCCAGUUGGUUUUCCACAACCAAAACUACCUCCCAUGGAUUUGUUAUCCGACAUAAUUUUAGAUAGUUUUGUGAUAACCAUGGUGUCGUACACCAUCUCCAUGUCGAUGGCUCUGAUAUUCGCUCAGAAAUUAAAUUACGACGUCGACUCCAAUCAAGAAUUGAUGGCUCAGGGACUCGGAAAUCUCGUAGGUUCAUUCUUUUCGUGUAUGCCGUUCUGCGCUUCACUUUCCAGGUCGUUGAUCCAGCAAUCCGUAGGUGGUCGGACGCAACUGGCAAGUCUCGUUUCCUGCGGGAUUCUGCUCUUUGUCCUUUUAUGGAUUGGCCCAUUUUUCGAACCAUUGCCAAGAUGUGUUCUAGCGAGUAUUAUAGUGGUGGCGCUGAAGGGUAUGCUGAUGCAAGUGAAGGACUUCUUCCGCUUCCUGAGAUUGUCGCACGUCGACGCGACAAUAUGGCUGAUGACCUUCUUCACCGUAACUAUCUUCGAUAUUGAGUACGGAUUGUUGAUCGGAGCUCUCUUGUGCCUGGCGAACUUGCUGACGCUUUCGAUGCGUCCUUACACCUCCAGGCUCGCUCUCGUGCCCGGCACCGAGCUCUACUUGGAUACCAAAAGAUUUAAAGGAACAGUGGAGAUACCAGGUAUCAAGAUUUUUCAUUACUGCGGCGGAUUGAAUUUCGCGUCGCGACAAAGCUUUCGGAAAGACGUAUACAGAAUAGCUGGAAUCGUACCACAGAAAGAGUUGCUUUUGCGCGAAAAAGCCGAGAUCGAUACUAAGCAGUAUCUUGGAGAUAAUACUAAAAAGUUAAAGGUACUUGUUUUGGACUUCUCAUCUGUGGUGCAUAUCGAUCCUGCUGGAGUCGCGACACUACGAGGAAUCGUUGACGACUUUGCAAAAAUCGACGUUUACGUUUACAUUACUGCAUGUUCGGGCCGUGUGUACGAGACAAUGCGAAAGUGCAACGCCGCUGAAAGCAAACAGGAUCACUUCACUAUGUUCCCGACCGUCAACGACGCCGUGAAUUUCGCCCGACACAAGAACCACAUUCCGCCUAUGCCGAUCUGGACGGCCACGCAAACUCACCCGGAGGAGAAUUGCAUUAGCAGAUUGUAAAUAUUCCUGUUUCGUUGAAAACCAGAGGGUAGAGCGAAUCGGCUGUUGCCGCUUCUCUUUCUACGCUUGAUGUGACCGUACGUGCACUGUCUGCUGCAAAAGCUUCAAACUUCCCGAAACCUACUUCUGUAAAUAAUCCUUUGCGCCGAACGUGUCUAUCGUAUCUCAUAGCGCUAAUAAGAUGCUUUUCGUAUUAUUUUUUUAGAAUUACCACAAAAGGUAUAUAAGUUCCAUUUUUUUCAGUCAAGCAUGAACGUUUUGUAAAAGGAGAUUUCCGAGUCGUUUUGGUUAAUAUUUGAUUGCAUACAGUACUUACUUUGCGCUUACGCCAACUGAGUAUAAACAUUUAUUCAGUUAUUUUAUAUUUUUACUUUGUGGCCUUCAUGAUAGUGUAGGUUUAUAUGCGUAAUUUUUAUACCUAUGAGUUUAAAUAGGUUAGUAGUUGUUUGUUGUAUCAUUGUUCUACGUAUUAGUGAUUCUGAAUUUAAUGGAUUUAAUUUAUUCGAUGAAAACUAUUGCAAACGUUUUGAAUAUUACACUAUAUAGAAUGUGUUGAAAUAUUUAUAAAAAUGUUUACAUAUUGUAAUUAUCAUCGAUGAACAAUACAUACAAGUUUUUAUAAAUUGAACGAAGUAUUAUAUUAUAUUCUUUAAAAUAAAAAUUGAUCAAAUCCUUGUAGGCUUAUAUUUAGGUGUGAAUCACAAAAUAAUUAAAGCAAUUUAAUAAGGUACAAAAUGGCUAUACACAUUCGAGUAUAGAGCCAAAUGCAAAAUCAUUCAUCUAGUCACCAUGUUUUCGCAAUCUGCAGAAUACUCGGUGUAAUUGCGCUGAAAUUUUCCUUGAACUACUCGUUUAUAAAAUCAUAAUAAUAUAAUGUAUGUACAUACACACUACACACAUCGCAUGAAAAUAAGCUGAUUCACACUUCAAUGCAAAUACCCCACGCUUCUUAUCUAUAGAGCACAAUACAUCAUACAGCGUCGCACAAUAAAUCAAACAGCGACGCGCCGUCUGAAAUAACACAUCAAAGUAGUAACUGAAUGUAUUGUAUAAUAUUAAGGCCACACGCGUGAGUUUCUCUACACUCGUAAAGUCAUCGGGCUUACGAAAUAAAAUAUUCCACUACUGA